GACGGAGUGUUAUCUGGGCUGCUAAUUUCAACAGCCUGCUUUCUCUGCUGGACGUUUGUGGUUGAGCUCAUUGCCAUGGCUCUUCCCUUUGGGGUUUCGUGGAUUUGCAAUCUGUUGUUUUGGGGCUGUAUUUGUUUUCCUUCUCAAAAAGGUUGCAGUAUUGCACAUGGCUACUAUCUCAAUGAGAAUGACUUUAGUAGCCAUGUAGGAGUGCCUGGUCCACAACCAUCAAACCAGUUUAAUUCCUUGUUUUUAAAUCCAAACCAAGACUCUGCUAAUCUAAGGGAUGAGAUGCAGUCUAUGAGAAACCAACGCUUUGUUUCCCGUCCGAGAGAACCAGUCCGCCAUGAGAACCAUGAGGAGGCCAGCUUUGCUAGAAGUCUUGGUGACGUGAUGGCAAAUGGCAAACCAGCGUCUGAACAGCAUGUUCCCUCCGCUCCCCCUUCAUCAAAAUAUGAGAAUGACGCUUCUGACCCACACCCCUUAAACAUCUUGGUGAGUGAGCACCGACAAGCCAAAAAUAUGGCAGGCCCCAGUUUCUUGUCAAUCAAAGAUUUCAAAAAGUUUACAGAAUUAAUGAAGAGCGCUUUCUUAAUGCCAGGAACUGACCUGGAUAGACAUUUUCAAACUGCUCAGGAAACUAUUAGAAAAGAGAUGGCUUCUAAUGCACAAAAUAUGAAUAUAAAGAGGCAGCAUGACACAGGCCAGAGGUCCUCUGCAGAAGGCGCUGCCCGUGAUGACCUCCGUGGGAAUGAAGCCUGGAGAGCAGCGGCGAGUACAGCGGUGGAACGCGGCGCUAACCACCAAAUGCCGAGGGAAAGCCCCUCUGUCCCUGAUACCAUCGACCCCACUGCGAGUCCCAUUCCUCCCAGUGUUCAUGACACACGAGGCCAUGGGCCGGGCUCUGCUGUGCCCCCCCUCCAUCAUUUAGCAGCCACAGAGAAUGUUUCAAGGAAUUACGGUGGUUUUGACAGUGGUGGCAUCUCUAGAGACAACUCUGAUCUGGUCACGAGGGCUCCUCCUGUAAGAAACGAAGCUGUUCAGUCAAGCGCCAAGAUCCCUGGACGAAUACCCUACGGCUCAUUGGUUGGACACGAUUGGUCUCUCAGUCGUCAUUUGACUGCACCUGGUGUCAACUCUCAAAACCGGCCACCUCAAGAUUUCAGCCACUAUUCAAGACCGACCUCUGAGAAGAACAUCAGGCCAGAACCAAAAUACACAGCUCACAGUGAAGACUCUACAAUGGAAACCCAAAAACCAUCUCAUGGUUUAGAACUUGCUAGAGGCUUACCAAGCAGAGGGACUUCAGGCCAAAUCCUGUCUGCGCCAAUGCGCACGCCUUUGAGUUCCCAUGGUCGCGUUUUAAAAGUCCCUGCACCAAGGGGUCGACUCUACAGCCCAGAGGAUCAACCAGAACAUGACCCGACACUGGCCACACCAUCUCCGGGCUAUCGGUACACUGGCGGCCAGCCAUCAAAUGAUCUACACCACAUGCCCACCGCCCAUCUGCCCCCAGCCACUGUUUCCGUUUCGUCCAGCUCUAAUAACCCUUCACCACACAGCAGUAUCCUUUUUGGAGUUCAAAACAGAAGCCCACUUGAUGCUCACAAUCUGUCCUUCAAGAGAAAGAAGCCGGUCAGAUUCUACACUCGGUUUACUGGGCAACCUUCCAGCUCUCAUGGCUCAAGCAAACCUCAUGGCCAUCUCAGGAGAAAUGAACCCUCAUGAAGCAGCAUCCAGUCUCUGCCAUUCACAUGAAAACAAAAGGUGAAGUUGUUGCUAGUCCAUCUGGUUGUCAAUAUGGGAUCUCUUGCUAUCUUGGACUUGGUGGGAAAAAAUAGUGUCUGCAGUUCCACACAUCUGCUGUAACUAAUAAAAACAUGAAAUAUUA